GGGAAGUCGCCCUCCUCGGGGUGGCUCUCGGCCCAGCAUGGAUCACUUAGGGGCGCACCACCUCCACCAGAGUCACGCCGAGCCCAUCAGCUUCGGCAUCGACCAGAUCCUGAACCACUCGGACCAAGGCAGCUGCAUGAUCUCCGGCGCUCGGCUGCAGGAGGCGGCGGACUACGGCCUGGGAGGAUGCGUGGUGAGCAGCGCCUACAGCACGAUGAGCGGCCACUACGGCUCGGCCGGCGGCAGCGGCGUCUCCACCUCGGCGGGGGGCUACAGCAACGGCGGGGCGUGCAGCAUGGCCUCGCUGGCCGGCUCUUAUAACGUGAACCUGGGGGUCGGGGCCAUGAACGGAAAUAACCUCAACGCGGCGGGGGGCGUGAUCCGGGUGCCAGCGCACCGACCCCUCACCGGCGGCGUCCACCAGCCUCUCUCCACCGCCAUGCCUACGGUUCCCUCGGUGAACAACCUCACCGGGCUGACUUUCCCCUGGAUGGAGAGCAACAGGCGGUACACCAAGGACAGGUUCACAGUGGCCCUCUCACCGUUCACUGUAACACGCCGUAUAGGUCACCCCUACCAGAACCGGACGCCCCCCAAGAAGAAGAAGCCGCGCACCUCCUUCACCCGCCUGCAGAUCUGCGAGCUGGAGAAGCGCUUCCACCGCCAGAAGUACCUGGCCUCUGCCGAGCGCGCCGCUCUGGCCAAGGCCCUCAAGAUGACCGACGCCCAAGUCAAGACCUGGUUCCAGAACCGCCGCACCAAGUGGAGGAGACAGACUGCAGAGGAGCGGGAAGCAGAGCGGCAGCAAGCCAACCGCAUCCUCAUGCAACUCCAGCAAGAGGCCUUUCAAAAAACCAUCAACCAGCCCAUCCAAGCAGACCCCAUCUGUGUUCACAACUCAUCACUUUUUGCCCUUCAGAACCUUCAGCCGUGGUCAGAUGACUCUACUAAGAUCACCAGCGUCACUUCUGUAGCCUCUGCUUGUGAGUGAAACCCUAAAGUUGGCUGUGCCUGAAUGGCUGUGUUAUAGAAAUCUGGCUUGAUUCAACACCAUUGAAAGAAGAUACACUCCUGUGAAGGGAACAAACCAGCAACCAGACAAAGCGCACUGCUCUAUGCAUUGAGGAGUAGGCCUAAUACCCACAGAGUGACCUAUGAGAAUAUUUUAAUAAAAGGGCAUUGCUUUCAUUCUGGUUAUUUUUUUCUUUCUAAAUUUUCUAAGGCCAGCUAAUGAACAAUAAUGCAGGGUUCUUAAAGACUCUCUUCUAAGGAGGAAACAAUCUGAUGUUGUCCUUUUCAGAUAUUUCCUUGAUACAUUUUUCAU